GUCAUGAAUAUGGUGAUGACGAUGACGACCCCACUACAACAGAUGUUGCCCUUCAUGUUCAAUGUUCAACGAGCAGCAGUCAUGCGUCGUCGUAUCGGCAAUUCAAACAUCUAAUUUCGAGUGAGCUGUGCAGUUCGCGGGGGCACUUGUAUCAACAUAGCUAGAUUGAUGCUAGAAUGUAUAAAAACUACGAUGGCGAUUCCAAACAUGCCUAUUCUACUCUGAACACUUCGGCAAGAUGACUUCGUGGAUCACGUCAAUUCUGGUGACUUUGGCCGUACUUGUUCUAGCCCCGACGGAGUCAGACGCCUUCGGAUGGAGCUGGUUCUGGCCCAGACGAACCACCACUACCACGACAGCAUCCACCGGAACUACUUCAGGGACAUCCGGAUCCAACGCGGUCCCUUCCGUGUACAACAUAUCCAUCGGAAAUCGCGAGAACACCAACGCCAGCUUGGACUACGGAACGAUGAUCACCAACUUGCAGAUCAACCUGGCGCGGUUCAACGGAAGUUCUGUCCUACACGGCGAUGCCACCGAGAACCGGCUGAACGAAGUGAUCUACACCGUAGUGGACGGCUAUCGGAACCGUUCGGAGGCAGUUGUCAAUAGUCGUCUGGCGUGGAUCGACGAAGCCCUGCUGGACAUUGUUGUGUACGGCAGGCAGUUGCGUCAGGAGGGGAAUCAGCGUUGGCUGAAGGAAUUUCCGGAACAUGUUCGCGGAAGUGUUGCGCAACUGAACGAAACGGUCCGGAAUUGUCUGGAGCGAGAGGUGGAAGUCGAGGAACUGAUCCAAGCGGUGCAUAACCGUAGCAGAAAUGGAUGCUUGGAGAGCAGACUUCAGAAAUUGUUCGAACUCCGUGAGGCGGCCAAGAACAACCUAACGGAGUUUCUUGCCAGCAGUGGGGACAUCGAGGACCGAUUGGAAACGUGCGUGAGUCCGGACUUUGACGAUGCGCUGGACAACGUCUUCCAAGAAGCCUGUAUUUCAUCGAUCCUCCUGGAGUUGGAAAUGGAAGCACUCAAGCUGGGAUUCACCGUCAGUAGGUUAACGGCUGCCAUGGAACCUGCUCUGGGCCAAGCCAAGGCCGGAUUUUUGGAGUGUGUGGCCGAUCUGGCUUGGUAUGCCUUCGACGCUUCGCUAAGCCUUCGCCAGUGGAUUAAUAGGUGUUCCGGGGAUGCAUAGAUCGUAUGGUUUAUUCUAUCACAUAAAAAACUGUCAAACAAUACAAGCAGUAUGCAUAAUAUUGACGAAUGUCAUCAAAUUUCUUUGUCUGGCAUCCGAACUUAUCCGCCUUUGCAUCAUGAUUUGAACCACGGACAUGUCAAAAGUUUGAAACAGAAUUACAAAAAUGCGUAUAAACCAGAAAAAAAUGUACAGCAAAUCGUUGAAACCAUAACAUGAAAGGUAACAGUUACCGUUAGUUUUAGCAUUCAAAUUAGAAGAUAGUUAAUUUUAUGGUGAAAUAUCAAAUAGAAUUUGAAAACGCAAUGUUUGAAAUUAAUCAUAAUUUCACCAUUCUGUAUAUCAUUAGACAGAAAGAAUUGUACUCCAUGUUUAAUUCACCAGGAAUUCGCUGGGCUAUGGACGACUAUCAUAGACACGUUUUACAAUAAUAAUUACAAAUCGUAAUACAAAUGGUAACUGUGGCUAAUGGUAUGCGAUAAAUGGAAUUAAGCUAUAUCAAAAAACUCUCUAGUCAAAUUAGAGAUUAGAGUAAAC